UCCCCGCCAAAGUAAAGGCACACAAACCAUGGACUACAACGUGAAAGGAGCUGUUUCACAAAAAAAAAUUCAAACAGUUAUAUUCAUAGUGUUUUUUUUUUUUAACUGGCUGUGUGAUGUAUGAGCAGUAUGACUAUCAAACAAAUCAUGAUUCAAUCUCUUAUUGUUUUUCCUGCUCUCCUCAUAUUUGAUUACUUCAUUAUGUUAUUAUCGCUUCUGCGAAACAUGAACCUUUAUUUUGAAAAUCCUUACCGGAACGUACCGGGCACAUGCUAGCUGCUGCUAGCUUAAACCUGCACAACACCAAACGGCACAUUUAGCCUCAUAUUUGAGCUGAAAUGUGUUACUUUGCAGCUUUUCUGUGUACAUUUGAACACGACACAAUGAAUCCAGCUGUUUUUAGGAGCAACCCGGUGGAAAAUUAUCGCAGUUAAACUUGAGCUCUUGUUGAAAGUUGCUGACGGUGUAACGAGGAUUUGUGUUGACCGGACGCAGGAUGUUCUAAGAUGCCUUCAUUCGACCUCAUAGAUAAGGUCGAGCUUUUUGUGCGGACGGGAACUUUUCAAGUCGGUGCGUCCAAGAGUUCAAAGAAAGUAACCCGAGCUGCCAGCAAACACUUCAUCUAUAAAGACGGCUGUCUGUGGCGAUCCUAUCGAGGCCGCCUCCUCCGCGUCGUCAGGAGCGACGAGGAAGUGAGGGAGAUCCUGGCCCGUUACCAUGACAACAACAACCACGCCGGCCGGUCCCGGGCCGUGAAGGAGAUCAUGUUGAUGUAUUACUGGGUUGGAGUGACGGAGGCGGUGAAGAACUGGGUCAGAGCUUGCGCUGUGUGUCAGAGCAAAAGUCCGGCAGAACCUCCCGACCCGCCCGUCCGCUUCUGCCUGGCCUACGGCUGCGAUGCCUCCAACUACGUUUACCCCGGGCUCAGCUUCCACAGGUUUCCAAAGGAGGCGGAGAAGAGACGAUUGUGGCUGGCGGUGGCUCAGAGGGACGAGGGCUCGCUGCGUAUGAACUCCUGCCUCUGCUCGAGACACUUCGAGCCGUCCUGCUUCACGCUGAGCGAGGACGGCCAGCUGACUCUGCCGCCGGACGCCGUGCCCACCAUCUUUUCUGUGACGGUGCAGGAGGACGAGGUCUCCGUCCCUUCAGAUGAGGACUUCCUCCAGUCCAGCACCCUGGAGGACUUCCUGUCCACAGCCGCUGCCGCUGCAGAACCCACAGAACCGACUGACCCGGCCUUCGAUCAGUCUGAAACACCCGUGGAGCUGCAGGAGCACCAGUACUCCCUCCCAGCUCCCGAUCCCGAGUCCAUGGAGACAGUGGAGGAGUACAAGAGGAGGAAGACUAUCAUCGAGCCGAGCUUCGCCGUCUACAACCAGAUCGCCAGGUAUCUGAGCCACAGGAUCUUACCUAUGCAGAGCAAGCAAAGCAGAUUUGCUUUAAAAAGGAUGUCCAAGCGCUUCGGCCUGAUAGAUGGAGUGCUGAUGUACACACGAGUCUCUCCUCCUCUCAGAGUGCCGCGCAGCAGAGAGGAGGUGAACUCGAUCCUGAAGCAGUUCCACGACAACCAGGGUCACUACGGUCAGGGAAUCUGCCAGCGUCAGAUCACAAAGCACUUCUACUGGGCCAGCAUGACCCGAGACCUGGCCCGCUGGAUCAACAGCUGCAACACCUGCCUGAACAGAACCAAGAGGAAGUGGCUCCGCUGCAGCGUCAACAACUGCACCAACUGCUGCGGCCCGGUGGAGCGAGGCCUGGGCCUCACCUUCCACAGGUUUCCUCUUCACAACACGGUCCUGCUGACCCAGUGGUUGAGGGCUGUUGGUCGUCCGAACUGGCACCCACGGCUCCGCUCGUCUAUUUGUUCGACCCAUUUCACCGAGGACUGUUUCGACCGCAGCGGAGACAAGGUCACCCUCACUGCAGACGCCGUGCCCACGCUGCUGGUGCACGGCGACUCAGCUACUCCGUCCAGAGGUCCGGCCCAGCCUGCUGUCGGGGAGGAGACAUAUUUUGCCAAGUACGACGCCGUGGAGCUCUACCUGAGCAGACGCAUCUAUCCGCCUGGACUCAGCUACGUAGAGAAGAACACCUUCAGGAGGUUCUGCAAGAAGUUCGCCAUCAAAGACGGCGAGCUCCACAUGGUGAGUGAAGAUCGGCUGCGUUUGGUUCUGAGGACUCGGCAGCAGGUCGAAGCCGCUCUGGUGGAUUAUCACAACGAGCUGAACCACCUCGGAGUCAACAAGAGUCUCCGACUGCUCAGCGAAAGGUAUUUCUGGAAGACCAUGAAAGCUGAUGUGAUGCAGUGGGUCAACAGCUGCUCUCAGUGCAGCAGGAAGAAGAAAAGAAAACCAGAAACAGAAGCGGGUCGAUCAGAGACGCUCAUAUCGCCACAGAUACACGAGGACGUGGACAGUGGGAAGGAUGACGAUGAUUGCAGCGAUGAUGACGAGGAUGACGGUGGAGAUGUUGGUGAAGGUGCUGUGAGUGUCGCUGGUGAAGAGCAGCAGCCAGAGAAUCCGGCGGUCGUAGUGGAGAGCUCUUCGUCUUCUCAGCCUGUAACUCCCGUCAACCCUCAGCCCAGAAUCCCCAUCCUCCUCCAUCUGAGAGCUCCCGUCCACUUCCAGCCCAAAACUCCCAUAAUCCUCCAGCCGAGGACUCCUAACACGCCCUUUGUCGCCAGACUCUGGUCCGUCAACAGAGCGACUCCAAACCUCCAGAAGAGGCCGAACAGCUCUGACGUUCAGCCUGAGAACCAGAACCAGAGCCGCGUCCAGGUUCAGGAGCGUCAGACAGAAACAGGGAGCUCAGACGGCAGCGCCAGAACUCACCACUGCGUCAAAGUCCAGGAGACAAACAAACUCCUCACAGAGUCACAUCCUCCACCGGAGCCCACGGCUAAACUUCCACAACCUGCAACCAAGCAGAUUCAACCAAGUCACAGCAGAGGGACAAAGACCCAAAAAUCAGCUCAGAGUCCAGGUGUCCAGCGCCUGGAGAAGAGAAAGAUGGAGCUGGCGGCGGGUUCAUCAGCUAAGAGGAGCUCCGGCGGUGGUCUGGAGCCUGUGGUGGCCUCCAGCACCAAACCCUGGCCCGUCUGCACCAUCACUCAGUCAGCCCCCACAAAGACAGCUGGACCUCCUCCUGAGGUGGACAGCCCUGCUCUGUUUCGGAGGCCCGGGAGUCUUCAGGCCCGGACCGUCAUCCAGCAGUGCAGCACGGCGAAGGUCAAGACCAAACCAGCCGUGGACGGAGCCGACACCGAGUGGGCGGAGAUCCAGGAGGGGAUAGUCGUCUACGUCUGCUUCUUCCACGGAGCCACUGAGGACGCCACUUACGAGAUGGCCAACAGCCUGAUGACCACCAGAUUUUUCCGUAAAGACACCGGACACUGCGUCUCCGUUCUCGACCUUCCCGGGAGCGUCUUGUUGAUCCCUCAGGACUCCCUGAUCGGGGAGCCGGUGCCCAAGAGAAAGAUCCAGUACAAGGGCGGCUGCGAGCUGUGGUGGGGCGCACAGCUGUUCUCAAACCUGGUGUCGGCCUGCAGGGAGCUCAUGGACGACUCGGCGAAGUGCACGAAGGCCGGCGUGAAGGUGGAGCACGGAGUCUACGGACAGAAACAGGAAGUCGCCCUGAACUCUGUGGAGCCGCUGACGCUGCUGCUGGAGUUCUGAGAAUCUGAAGAACCUCGACAGAAGAGCAACAGUUUAUAGAUUUAGUUUUACACCCGAGGAAAACAAAAGCAACAGCUUCAUUUUGUUCUGUCGUCCGACUCUGAUGUUUUAAUGUUUGAAAAGAAAGAAAAGACCCACAGAGGUGGAAACACGGGUAGAAAUGCCAGAAUAUUUCUCAGUUUGAUGGUUAUUUAUUUCUGCUUUAGAACAAAAACAGGUGGAAAACUUUCAGCAAAUUUUAUUUCUGUUGUUCUUCAGCGUCAGCGGUCACGUCCUCUUUCUCUUUUUAUAGACUGUUUAUUUAAAAAACAAGUCGAACAUCAUCUGGUUCCCUUUCUGACAGUAGAUGAAGAGUUUUUGGGUUUUGACUGCUGGUUGGACGACAGAAACUUUAUGAAGACGUCACGUUAAUCAGCAGAUUCAUCGAUAAUGAAGAGAAUCGUUUCCUCUCGUGAGCAGAUUUUUUUGUUUUCUAAUCUAAAUUAUAUUUUAAAAAAUGAAUUCUGUUAACGGCUUGUUUGUUUCACGCUGAAGACACAAAUAUAUAGUUUCAUUUUUAAAACAGCCGCUCACCAGCCAGGAGGAAAUGUCGCGUUUGUCAGGAACUAUUUUCAGCAGCGGAUUGACGCCUGCAUGCCGUCUGUUGGGAUCGCUUUGUCUUUUGUUCAUAUUGUUUAUAUUGUACAGUUAAGAGGAAAAAGCCUCAAUAUUAAAUAACUAUUUUUUGUUUAAAAAAA